AUGACAUCUUCGCCCAUAGAUUCUGAAAACACUCGCCGUCCAAGACAUCCAAGGUCUCAGUCCUACCACCAGAUCCCACCUCACCAACCAUCACACCACUUUGACAACUCCGCCAAUAUGUCCACAACUGUCAAUGGAGCCGGCGCCGGCACAUCCUCCAAGGCUCCCGAGUCGGAGGUCGGAUUCCAGCCCCAGACCAGGAUGGCCGUCCAACCCCCAAAGCAGGAGGACCUUCAGCGAAGCUACGCUACCGUCGUGAGCGCUGAUGCCAAUCCCAAGGGCUGGUAUGGCACCAUGAUCAAUGCUCUUGGAGCGUGCAUGGGAACCAUGGGAGCCGUCCCCUGCUGCAUUUGCUGCCCCAACCCCUUCAAGAGAGUCCAGCAAGGUAAUGUUGGACUUGUCACCAAGUUCGGCAAGUUCUACAAGGCCGUUGAUCCCGGUCUGGUCCAGAUCAACCCUCUCAGCGAGGAUCUCAUCCAGGUCGACGUCAAGAUCCAGAUCGCCGAGGUUCCCCAGCAAAUCUGCAUGACCAAGGACAAUGUCACCCUCCACCUCACCUCUGUCAUCUACUACCACAUCAUCUCUCCCCACAUCGCCGCCUUCGGUAUCACCAACGUCCGUCAGGCUCUCGUUGAGCGUACUCAGACCACUCUCCGCCACGUUAUUGGUGCUCGCAUCCUCCAGGACGUCAUUGAGCGCCGAGAGGAGGUUGCCCAGUCGAUCGGGGAGAUCAUCGAGGAGGUUGCUGCUGGAUGGGGUGUUCAGGUCGAGAGCAUGCUCAUCAAGGAUAUUAUUUUCAGUCAGGAACUCCAGGAAUCCUUGUCAAUGGCCGCCCAGAGCAAGCGUAUUGGUGAGAGUAAGGUCAUUGCCGCUAAGGCAGAGGUCGAAUCCGCCAAGCUGAUGCGCCAGGCCGCCGACAUCCUCAGCUCCGCCCCUGCCAUGCAAAUCAGAUACCUCGAGGCUAUGCAAGCCAUGGCCAAGUCCGCCAACAGCAAGGUUAUCUUCCUUCCUGCUGCGAACCAGACCAUGGCCAUGAGCCAGGCUGUCAGCCAGGCUUACGCUCAAGAGACUGGCGAGGGAAGUGGCACGCACGCCACUUCCGGUGCCAACGAUUUUGGAGGUCAGGACCCUGGACUCCAGCAGGCUAUUAACGCUCGUGUUAUUGAGAACAUUUAA